AUGAACAACAAACGAGUACAACAACGACUGAACAACAAACGAGUACAACAACGACUGAACAACAAACGACUACAACAACGACUGAACAACAAACGAGUACAACAACGACUGAACAAUAAACGAGUACAACAACGACUGAACAACAAACGAGUACAACAACGACUGAACAACAAACGAGUACAACAACGACUGAACAACAAACGAGUACAACAACGACUGAACAGCAAACGACUACAACAACGACUGAACAACAAACGAGUACAACAACGACUGAACAAACGAGUACAACGACUGAACAACAAACGACUACAACAACGACUGAACAACAAACGACUACAACAACGACUGAACAAACGAGAACAACGACUGAACAACAAACGACUACAACAACGACUGAACAACAAACGACUACAACAACGACUGAACGACAAACGACUUCAACAACGAAUGAACAAUAAACGACUACAACAACGACUGAACAACAAACGACUACAACAACGACUGAACAACAAACGACUACAACAACGACUGAACAACAAACGAGAAACAACAACGACUGAUAGUUUCUUGUUAUUAUUGAAAAGCUGUACAUUUAGGUUUACAAGCAAAUUGAUUUUCUUAUCGGUUUGA